AUGGCUCCAUCAAAGACACCCGGCGGCUCAGGCGCAAGCGACAAGUUCCAGAAGCAAGAGGCAGCCAAACACGGCUCGGGCGCAGCCAACGCACCAGGCCACACCGAAGGCACCGAGUCACAGCCCGGAAAAGCACCUGUUGCGUCUGACUCUGGAUCGACAAACGUAGGAGUCAGGGAUGGUACGAAUCAGCCUGGCGAGAAGGGUAUCUCUGGCGUGCCUGUGAGCAGCGAGCCAAGCCAGGGCGGGAGCAAUAUGGGUGGGACGAAGAACUAA